AUACUUCAACUCAACCUGCCCAGACUCAGUCAGACUUUCAUAGAUUAAUCAAUUUGCAUCAAAAUGCAUUUUGUCAUACUUUUCGUUGGAUGUGUGCUGUUUUCCACAGCAUUCACACUCACCUGUUACGAGUGCACACCCGGGGCAGAUCUUUCAUGCGUGGACACCCAGAAGACAUGUCCAAGUUCCACUCAAUGUGCAGCACAGAGGGUCACAAUUUACGGGGAGGGUUAAAAAUAUUUGACGUCACCGUGAAGGACUGUGGAGCUGCUGAGAGCCUGACUGGGUCACUUAACUUCGGAAUCUUUAGGACAUUUCUAAAUGGCAACUUCUGCACCACGGACCUCUGCAACUCUCAGACUGUCCCAGAAUCCAACAAUAGUAACUCUACCUCAAAUGGGAAACAGUGCUUCAUAUGCAAAGGCCAGGAUUGCCUCAACCCUAUAAACUGCCUGGGGGACGAGAAUAGCUGUGUCUCCAUGAUAGCUGACAUCUCAGGCCAGAAGAGUUUCUUAAAGGGAUGUGCCAGCAAGAGUAUGUGUGGGUCCAUUUCAGCUCAGCUCAUUCAGCUGCCAGGCAUGAGCUUCACGCUGGACUGCUGUGAAGGCAACCUGUGCAACAACGCACGGAGCCUCGACACUCAGGCCAGCAGCAAAUUUCUGUUGUCCUCUAAAGAAAACAAGCCAAUGAGAAAAAAACAGGAGUUAUAGUGUGACAAAAUUGACAGUUUUGUCAGAACAAAAAGUCCUUGCAAAUUGUGCAAAAGGCAGAAAUCUCGACAAAGCUAUUGGAUAACCAAUUCAGUAACAUAGUAAAACUACAAAUAAUAUUCAGAAGAGUCAUAAAAACCCUAUAUCAUUUUUAGUACUGCUAACAUUGUAAGCUUAAACACCAGUCCUUAGUUAACAUAUUUGAUCAGCUCUGUCAGUUGUAUCUGUAUGCUGUAGAAACAGGGCUAUAUUCUCUAGAUAAAUACUGGGCUUGAAAUAAACUUGUGCGUAAACCUAAUUAACACAAACUGUAUUCAGGACACAGCACAUCAAUUCUGUUAGGUUUUAAGUUGACUUAAUAAGCUAUACUUAACUAUAAUUGUGUUUAAGUAUGUACUGUAAAUAUUUAUCCGAAUAAUACCCUAACCUAUUAAAGCCUACUACUUAACCACUG